GUUGCUGACGCAAUGGUUUUACGACAGUUUAACGACCGUUUUGAUCGGAAGUUGAUCCAGGAUGCCGGCGUUCUUGUGCACUCGAGCAUCAGCGUGGUCUUUCAGCUCGAAACUUCUUUGCAAGUUUGCGAAUUUUCCUACUCUUCGCCCAAGCAGCAGUCAAAGGUUUUCAGCAAGUCGAUAUUUAUUUUUGCAGUCAAGCACAAGCCUGAACUGCGCUAUUUCUGAGCAGAGGAAAGGCCUAGCGCCAAGACGGACCGGGCUGAAUAUUUUUGUACAUAAUAACUCCACAUACCGCAAGAAAAUGUCAUCUUCGCGGUCAGACCCUGGCAUGAGGCAGAGGAUGGUGUGGGUGGACUUGGAGAUGACAGGACUGGACAUAGAGAAGGACCAGAUCAUUGAGAUGGCGUGUCUCAUAACAGAUUCAGAAUUAAAUGUUUUAGCUGAGGGUCCCAAUUUGAUAAUCAACACAACUGGCGAACUGCUGGAUGGGAUGGACAACUGGUGUAAAGAACAUCAUGGCAAUUCUGGGUUGACACAGGCAGUGAGGGACAGUAAGAUCUCGCUGCAGCAGGCUGAGUACGAGUUCCUCUCUUUCAUCAGGCAGCACACCCCACCUGGCCACUGUCCCCUUGCAGGGAACUCUGUGCAUGCUGACAAGAAGUUCCUGGACAAGUACAUGCCCCAGUUCAUGCACCAUCUCCACUACAGGAUCAUCGACGUGAGCACAAUCAAGGAGCUCUGCAGACGGUGGUUUCCAGAAGAAUACAAGCUCGCACCACAGAAGAAAGCAUCUCACAGAGCACUGGGCGAUAUUCAGGAGAGCAUCAAGGAACUGCACUUCUACAGAGCACAUGUUUUCAAAUCGCAAACAGAGGAAAAGAAGCGCAAGAUAUUGCAAAAUUGCGACAGCAACAAAAGUGUUUGAGGGGGUUCCAAGACAUGUGGACCCACCUGUCACUCAUCACGUAACCUUGAUGAGACAAGCGUGAGGCGUUUUACCCUGCACCUGUUCCGGACCAUGUGAGCUGUCAAUUUUACUGCAAUGGCACACAGCUAAGAGGGAUAGACAAAAAAAUAUACUUACUAGGAACAGUCUUUGGGUCAUACAUUGUCAUAUUUACAUCCUUAUGCUGCAUACUGUAUCUCUUAGAGUAUAGAGGAAAGCAGACCAUUUAUAUUGUCACUUGCUCUGAGUAUGUAUGUUGUAACGUUUUAUCUUGCAUCUGUCAGAAUUAAACCACACACUCAAAGUCGGCAUCCAUGCGCGACCUCCCCUCCCAUACAGGCCCAAUGCCAAAUCAACCCCUAAGCCCUACACAUUAUUCACUUGUAGAGAUCCCAUGGACUUUUCCCAGAUUUUGUUGUUACAGCCUGAAUUUAAAAUGUAUUACAUUUAGAUUGUGUCACUGGCCUACACACAAUAACCGAUAAUGUGAAAAUAGAAUUAUGUUAACAAAUGUAAUCAAUUAAAAGCUGAAAUGUUUUUAGUCAAUAAGUAUUCAACCCCUUUGUUAUAUAAAUAAAAAUGUGCUUAAGUCACAUUAGUUGCAUGGAAUAAUAGUGUUUAGCAUGAUUUUUGAAUGACUACCUCAUCUCUGUACCCCACACAUACAGUUAACUGUAAGGUCCCUCAGUU